AUGGCGCACGGCGCGAGUCCCGUGGCCACUCGCGAGUCUUAUAUUGGAUACAAGAAAGAUACGCAAGGUUUUGUGGAAUGGAUGAUCAAAACCACCAGUCUCAUCCUCAAAACGCAGCCGCGCUCGGGCGAAAACGCCCAGCUGCCCACUGGAGUCAGUUCUUCCGGAGCGACAACCGUGGCCGGCCUGGUGUCCAUGGCCCGCCUGAUCGCAGACAGCGGAGCUGCAGUGUCUGGCAGCACUUUUCGCCGAUUGAUCUCAAUCAUCAGAGCAAGAAGAAACCACUACCACGCCUUCGUAGAGCAUGCAUCCACGUGGUCUGACACAGAUAUUGAGAAGAGCAACGACAUGCACAGGCACUUCAUCGACUCCCUCAUCGACAUUUUCUCCAUCUUGGGUGGGGUUAGCUGGUGGGAGAAACAGAUGGAGGCCAACGAAAUGACCUCAAAGCGUCCCGAUUCCGAUGCAGAGCAAAUUGAGGAGAUGAAGGGCAUAAUCUUCAGCAACAAAUUCGCCUCCCUCGAUCUCAGCCAUGGCGAUUCCAAGCCAGAGCCGCCUUCUGAACCCGAAUCUGACGCAGAUGAGCCAGUUGCUGAGUCCAAGACAGCAAAGAAGAAGCGUGUAAACGGCAAGAAGGGCAAGGGCAAGACAUCCAAGCUUGGAAAAUCACGCAAACCUGCCAGAAAGGCGGACUCUAGCGCGGACGCUUCUGUGGAGAGUUACCGUAUCCUAGAAGAUGACCAGUUGCUGAGCUACACCAUGGCAAUACUAUCCUUCAGAACGGAGUGGGCUCAAAUACGACAAUAUGUACAAGACUUAUGGAUAGACGUUAUCCACAAGAAUCUGAACACUGCUGUCGCUGGAGCAGUCUCAAACGUAGCCAUUGCAAAGAUUAAGAAGACGGAGCUCGAAUUAUUUGACGACUUUCCCGAACACUGCUACUUCGAGAAGAUUACAGACACUCUUACUCGAGGAGGCCUGCACCGCUUGCAGAAGGUUGCUGAGGAGAAGGCAGCAGCUGAUCGCGAUCAUCAUGGAUGUUUGGUUGACGUCAAGGAACAGCUCCUGAUGUAUACGUACCAGGACCUUUUGGAUUUCUGCACAGACUUUCAGAAAAGCCGUAACGGGAAGCCCACAAAGGCUAUGCGUGCGAAGAUCGGCCUGUGGGACCCAAAGCUCUCACUUGAAACUACCACCAAGGAGGAGAGGAUUCUCUGGCGUCGAAAGUUCACCAUCAAUUGGCUCUACGACUUGGUCAAUGAGUAUUCCUCCUGGGAACAGACACAGCGGGGUGAGAGGUGCUUCUCGGAUGAUGUUGACUGGUCUCCUUCAGGCCCAUCCAGCUCUCGGCGCACUCUGCUUGGUCUCACUGACUUCGCCGCGUUUGUCACCUCCCUGGCCAGUCAAAAGACGGGAUCAGACCUCAGCUUGAAAAUAUCUCCCUGGCAGGUCUUCCAACUUCAGUGCAUUGUGGAUGCCACUUGUGUGAAAUCGGGCUGGUCGCUGUGCUCGCACGGGGGUCAUAUCCUUGAGGCCCCCGCAGCCGGGUUCCUGGCCAUCAGAGACAUCAAAAGCAUUUUUGACGAACGCGCCGAGGAUGAAGCCGGCCAUGAUCACACACUCGCCGCGGUUCGCCUUAGUCGCGAGCCGACAUACUUCGACCUGUUCACCGGCGAGCAGUCGGAGCCUACCGAGCUAGUACGACAUAUGUACGAGAAGGUUGGUUGGGACGAUGAUUGGUCCGGACAUCAGAUGUCGGUUGGGGAGGGUUUGUUCCGCACGUUUCUUACCAUGGACCUACUAAAGCCUGCGAAAGCCAACGUUGAGCAAUCCGCAGUCAAAAAAGACCUCUCCAGGGCUGUAUACAGCAAGCUCGAGACGAUUCUAGAGGACUUAGAAAUCGCCAAGCUCGACUUGUGGAACGAUAUCAGCGGCCUUCGAUGCCGAUCUGGCAUGGACUUCGCGUCGUUGAACAUAGCCCUCACGAUCAUUAUGGAUGAAGUGGAAGAUGCCCUCUAUCACGCCAAAAACCCAACAUUCGAAAGAAUUUACUUGCCUCCAGGCAAAGGUCCAGACCCGCCAAUCACGAGCAAGGUUUUCCGCUUGAUAAGAGAGGCGAUGGCUGGAAGAGAUAAGGAUAUCUUAAAAGUGUUUGCGGACAAGUUUGAGAGCAUGUGGGAAACUACACCCGCGUAUUUGCUGUGGAGCGGGGAUGCAUGUCUUCAGAUCCCAAUCGAACGGACCUUUGAUAAACUGGGCAUCCGAAUGCCCGAAGAACUUCGCGGCGAUGUUUGCAGUGUAAUGUAG